GUUACAGCAUCUGUCAAUCUCCCGCCCAGUUCCAGCCCUACUUGUACUUCCGAUGUUCCCUCCUUAGCAUUCAUCCAAAUCAUACCCUCAACUAUAUAUUCUAGAAAAGAAAUCACGUACACCAACCAAACUAAACAGGUAAGGUUAACACAAUAAAAAAAAAUGACCACGCCCAAAGCCAAACCCAUCCCCAUCCGCCUCAUAACCCACAACAUCCGAACCAUCCCCUGGUUCACCUUCCCCCCAGAGAAACCAUGGCAGAUCCGGCGAAACCACAUCGUCAACCAACUUGACUUCAACACAACCCACAACCCGGAGGCCAUCAUCUGUCUCCAGGAAGUUAUGCACAGCCAACUCACGGACAUCCUGACCGGUCUCAACACCGCCCCGGACAGCGAGAGCAUUGAAGACGAAGAGGUCUGGAAACACGUUGGGUGGGGCCGUGACGGCGGCCAGAAGGGCGAGUACUCGCCUAUCAUUUACCGGGCCAGGGUCUGGGAAGUGGAAUGGUCCACCACGCGCUGGUUGUCCGAGACGCCGGAUACGCCGUCCCGGGGGUGGGAUGCGGCGUACAGGCGGAUUGUGACGUAUGCUGUGUUGCGGCAUCGGGGAACGGGGAGGACGGUGUUGGCGAUGAAUACGCAUCUGGAUGAUCGGGGGAAGGUGGCGCGGUUUGAGAGUGCGAAGUUGAUUCUCGAGUGGAUGGAGGAGGUCUUGAAGAAGAAGAAGGGAUCGGAUUCUGUGGAUGGUGUGGUCUUAUGUGGAGAUUUCAAUACGAAUUCGAGGGAGAAUAAUGAUGCGUUUGGGGUUUUAACUUCAGGUGCUAUGGUCCAUACGAGGGAUUGUGUGGAUGGGGAGAGACGCUAUGGGAAUGUGAAUUCUUGGACGGGCUUCAAUGAUACUCCCAUUGAUGAUGCGCUUCUAGACUACGUCCUGGUGGGACCUCUGAAAAACGGUCAUGUCCCGUGGAAUAUCCGAACGUAUGGCAUCCUCACCAAUCGGUUUGAUGAUGGGAUUUUCAAUUCGGAUCAUAGGGCGGUUGCAGCAGAUGUGGAGUUGGUCGGUUCUCCCAAGCAGCUGUGA